AUGAAAAAAUUUAGUCCUUUAGUUAUUUGUGGGCCAUCAGGUGUAGGGAAAGGAACCCUAAUUAAAAAACUGUUUGAUGAAUUUUCAAAUCAUUUUCGAUUUUCCAUUAGUUGCACAACUAGAAAUAAAAGAGAAUAUGAAAAAGAUGGAGUAGAUUAUUAUUUUAUAAAUAAAGAAGAAUUUGAAGAAAAAUUAAAAAAUAAUCAAUUUUUAGAAUAUGAUAAAUAUGCAAAUAAUUUAUAUGGGACAUUAAAAACAGAAUAUGAUCAAGCAGAAAAAGAAAAUAAAAUAUGUUUAUUUGAAAUGAAUAUAAAUGGAGUUAAACAAAUUAAAAAAUCAGAAUAUAUAAACCAUGCUAUAUAUAUUUUUAUAAAACAACCUAAUACUGAUGCUAUUUUAAAUCGAUUAAAAAAAAGAAACACAGAAACAGAAGAACAAAUCAAAACACGAAUGCUUGAGUUGACUCGAGAAAUUGAAGAAGCCAAUACAUUAGGAUUUGAUUUCUUUUUAAUAAAUGAUGAUUUUGAAAAAGCAUAUAAUGAUUUAAAAAAUUAUUUAAUAGAGUCUUAUUCACAUUUAAGAAAUGAAGCAGAGUAA